AUGGACCGCGACGAACAACCCCCUGCUGCUCCCGUUGAAACGGCCGACUCCACGACAGAAGCUCCCCCGUCCGACAAGCGCAAGACGUGGCUCAAGAGCCCUGCCUUCGUGUCCAGUUCGCAGUUGCUGGAACUGCUGAAGGGCGACGCGGACGCGGACGAUGGCGCCGACAAGGCCAAGGAGGAGGAGCAGGAGGAGCUGCAGGUGGGGGACCUCCUCUCCGGCGGAGUAGCACAGAAGGCGGCCGCCGCCACCACAGGCCAGGGCGAGACGACGGAGAGCAGCACCGGAACGGCGCCCACCGAGAGGGGCGCCGACGUGGACCCCUUUGAAGCCCCUCUUCGCGCGGAGGUGGAGGAUCCGUUCCUGCCGGAGGCCGAUCCCGUGGGCGAGGAGGAGGACGACGAGGACAUCUUUCUCUCGCAGACCGAGGAGGAAACCAAGCGCGAGGCCGCCAUCGAAGCUGCGGUCAUCCGGGAGGUCUUCGGCGCGCCUGACCUCAAGUCUCUCUUCGCUGCUGUCACAACGACCAACCCACCGAGCGGAGAUGCUGGCGAUGACGACAACGACGACGAUCAUAGCGGCGCCAGCGAAGAAGUGUCUGCGGUCGCAAAGAAAAGAAAGAGAUUCGACGAGGACGACGAUCACAAUGACAACAAGCGGGAGGGCGCGGAAGCUGGCGAGGGUUGCGACGGAACGCAGGAGAAGGCCUUGAAAAAGACGAGGAAGGAAGACGACGCCGUUAGUGCGACCACCGGGGCAGCCGAGAGUUGA